UUUUACGCAUGUGCCAAGCGGUUCGAGCGGCUCAGUUCUUUAAAAAUAUUAACCAUUUCCUGACUAUUGUAACGGGGUUACAGUACAAAUGUACGCGCGGCACGGAUGGAGUGGUCGGUGGUGUCUCUGCGUUACGAGACCAGCGGAUUAGACUGCGAUGUCUUCGAGCAGGCACUCCACAUGCCCCGCGUGAAUUCGCUCCUGGCGCGUAGAAGCUGCGAGAAACGCCACAGUCUCCGUUGCUUUUUUAACUUUGUUAGAACUUACUUAAACGUGCGUUAGUCGUUUCUGUUGGGUUUUAUGUAUGUAUUUAUUUUAACUCUCGUGAACAAUUUCCAUUUCCUGGCUGGCCCGGAUCAUCUACUGAAAGACGCCAUUGAUUGUGGAGUCAUUUCGCCGCGGGCGUAUUUCUUCGUCUGUAUGACAGGAUACGCACGUCAAUGCAGAAUUUGUGAAUCAUCCUUAAAUGUAAGCGACGUGUUUAACAGUUUUGUAUUUAUGUGAGGCUGGAAUAGGAGUUAGUUCUCCGCGCUCUGCCUCUUGGACGCACGAUGCGCAAUCUAGUAGAAAGUCAGGAUGGAUGGACUUGUCUUAUGCGCCUCAGAGUUACAACAUGGACUCAACUGUGGAAGAAUCCCACUCCAGUUCACAUUUCAAACUUUCUGUUUUUGUCCUGUCGUUUAGUUUAGUUUUUUUUAAUUUUUUUUUUUAGUCUCAAAUUUUAAACUGUUAUAAAAUAAUGGCAAAGUUUGGGUCAUCUAGUGCAAUCCUCCCCUCCGAGCAGAAUAAAAAAAAGGUCAGCAUGGAUGUUGGUUUUUAUGCUCUGAUCACCUGAUGGCGCUGUAACAAAAACCAUCUCGUCUCGACUCGACGGUGUGAAAGCUGCCGCUCUUGUUCCCACGUCAAACCACUGAUGAAGGACAACUUAAAAAGAAGGGAAGGAGGGGAGAGGGAGGGGGUGUUUUUCGCAUACAGCCAGCACUUAUAAACCCGGACCGCUCGAGGCCAAACGCUGUUAUUAUAUUUCAUAUCGGGGUCCCACCACUCCCGCGCCUUGGGACAGUUUUGGUGUGUGCCAGUAAGCAUUCAGCACUGUGUCCAACGGCCUGCAGCAGUUUCCAAGUGGAUAAAAAAAAACUUCCAAGCGAAUCGCACUUCCUUAUCUGUGAUGUCAUGCUGAUGCACAGCUGCAGAAGCCCCACAAGAUUAUUUUGAAACAGUCUCAACCAGAAAAAAAAAGUAAGGGACAGUCCUCUGCUUUUUUUUAGUCCUGGUGUAAAUAGUUUUUUUUUAAAGUUGAACUUAUGGUAUCGCUAAGCCUUUUAAAUGUGUCUAUCAUUUAAAAUGCACUUUUUUUACAUAAAAUAUAAUUCAGAUUCAACAGAAACUUUGGGACUUUUUAGGAGUGUUUUUUGUUUUUUGCCUUAGAUAUUCUGGCUUUGGAGAAACUUCAACUCAAUUUCCCGACUCCUAAAUGUCCGGUAAACCAGCCUUGAAAACCUCCUCAGGCCAGAUUGUGGUGACACUAAACUACCUGUUAUUUUGUAGCCUUUACAACAGGAGAUGACUGAAGUUCGCCAAAGUCUGUGGCUGCCUGCGUGGGGACAUUUGAAACAAAUAGCCACAGGCAAUAGAGCAGAGACAGCCCAUCCAGAUUAUGCCCCUUUGCCUUCUGCGAGGGAUUCUGGAGUUGAAUUUUAAAACUAUGUAUGGCUGCUGCCUGUGCUUAUCAGCGCGUGCACAAGUGGCAUGCAAAUCAAACCAGGAUCACACACUGCAUUGGAGGCCUACACUCAAAGGAUAACCGCUCCAGCAUGUCCAGGCCCAUGAUCACACGGUCACCAGUGUCCCCCUUGAGUAACCAGGGCAUCCCUGCACCUGCACAGCUCACCAAGUCCAACGCCCCCGUGCACAUUGAUGUAGGCGGGCACAUGUACACCAGCAGUCUGGCCACCUUGACAAAAUUUCCAGAGUCGAGAAUCGGGCGUCUCUUUGAUGGCACAGAACCAAUAGUCCUGGACAGCCUGAAGCAGCACUACUUCAUUGACAGGGAUGGACACAUGUUCCGUUACAUCCUCAACUUCCUCAGGACGUCCAAGCUCCUCAUUCCAGAGGACUUCAAAGACUACAGCCUGUUGUACGAAGAGGCUCGAUACUUCCAGCUGCAGCCCAUGCUGGCUGAGCUGGAGCGCUGGCGUCAGGAUCAGGAGCUGGGCCGGGUGUCCCGUCCUUGCGAGUGCUUGGUGGUGCGUGUUGCACCCGACCUGGGCGAGAGGAUCACACUUAGCGGGGACAAGGCCCUCAUUGAAGAUGUUUUUCCAGAGAUCGGAGAUGUCAUGUGUAACUCAGUGAAUGCAGGCUGGAACCAUGACUCCACACACGUCAUCCGCUUCCCUCUGAAUGGUUAUUGCCAUCUCAACUCAGUCCAGGUUCUAGAGCGUCUCCAACAACGUGGCUUUGAGAUCGCCGGCUCCUGCGGUGGAGGCGUGGACUCAUCCCAAUUCAGCGAGUACGUCCUGCGGAGGGAACUGAGGAGAACAAAUCAGCGAGGCCCUAAUUCAAACAGGAUAAAGCAGGAGCAGCUGGACUAAAACCCUCCCGAGCUGUAGGAGGCACUAGACUCUUCUGUCGCGGUCAAACGUAUGACGCUACAGACCUCUGUGGACUAUUUUUCUUCAUUUCCUUGUUGAUGUUCUAGUUUUCUUAAACUUAAGAACCAUCUAGGGAAUAACAAUAAAGUGCAAGAGGAGAUUUUUGACAUGAGAAGAUACAAGACAUUUGAGAAGUUUGAGAUUGCAAGGACAUUUGUGAUUGUCUAGCCCCCAUUAAACCAAUUCCGAAGGAUUUAUAAGAGCUGGAUACCCAAACAAAGUUUAUUUUAAAACUUGGAGCCUACAUUAGGUUGAAUAUAAUUUCUAAUUUACAAACAUAAAUUAAGUCUUUUAUUGCUGAUGUUGUACGUUGACUAGGUUGUUAUUGGUGGAUUGAUUUGGUUGUCAAACCGACAAACUGGCCCAAUUGGUUUUCAAGUAUUUAAUCUAAAAUAAAAUAGUGUUGCAAUUGUCAUAAAAAUUUGAUUUCAAUGAUGCAUUUCAAAAAGAAUUUCCAGUUAAUAUUGUUUAUAUUGUGAUACAAAUGAAGUGGUUUUGCAUUAGUUGAGAUUAUUUUAAUGUUUUGUGCCAUGAAAUAAAAAAAAGAUAAUAGUUUCAUCAAAGUUUAAAUUCCUGAUUAAGGCAGUAAAAGAUAUUAUUUUGUAAUGUUUUACACCAUUUGCCUCAUUGGGGGGUAUGAACCUCAACUUCAUGUGCAACAUUGGGACUUAUUUAAUUGGAUCAUAACCUUACCUUGAGUCUUGUACAUUUUCAUUGUAUAUGUGUUUGUGUUUUUUACAUUUUUUAAAGCUAAUUUGUUGCCUAAGACAUGACUGAACAGAUUAAAAGUUAUUGUUCUACCCAACCA